CUAGGCAUCUUGCAGAAACGCAUCUUUAUGGGCCGGCGAAUAGCGGAAUUGGAGAGGGAGAUUAGAAAUCUUGCUUCUGGAACAAGUCUACUAGGUUCAUCUCCGGGUAUGCGUGACAAUGGAGGAGAAGGAACUUCUACGAGGAAUGAACUAGUUGUUAAGCAGGGUCUGCAAGUAGAUGAGCAACCUCGUCUUCCACAGAGAAUUGCCUUGACACGAACAUCGUUUCCGAAUAGCGUCUAUCAUGCGCCACCAGCCAGCAGCUAUUUCCCUUAUUUCCGGCCAGGGUACCAGAUCAGAGAACGAGCUGUCACGAUUCUGAUUGUUAAAAUUAAGGCUCGCAAGUUUCUUCGGUCAUGGGGGUUGGUCUCUGCCAUCAAAGAGGAGACCCCCUGAGAGAAGAGGGGAAAACAAGGGGAGAGGCAUGGGGCAUUUUUCUUUCGGAAUCAGUGACCACUGACUGCUGACCUUUAAUAAAAGCAAAACUAGCAGACAGACUGACGAUAAAACAGGGAAGUCGCCUCCUUCUAGUGCAACUCUUGUCGAUGCGGUUCGACGAUUUCACAAAAGGACUGUCGUUUCUUCGGCGAUAGCAGAACUACUAGAUGUCGGGGCUUCAUCGACAUCAGAAAACACGACUGGAAGUAGUAGUACUGUUGCUCAAGUUCUUUCUCUCUCUAGCGUAGAUCCUGAUCUCCCUGUUUUGCUUGUGUUUGAAGACUUGUUUUAUGCGCAUCUGGUAGAAGUUUCGACGUCAUCUGGAAUUGGAGGACAUGACCAAGAAUUACCUCCGUUGGAAGAAUUUGUGACAGUAGCGCUUUCUACUGCACUGCAUGCAUUGGAGACUGAAGAGGAGGUCCAAGUCGUCGGAUUCCCUAUUCUUGCCAAGGCGCCUAGUAGAGACGAACUUGUUGCGCAGGAGGGAAGUACCAGUCUUGAUAGGCAUGAAGAUGGCAGGUACUAUCUCUGGGAACCACGUCGGAUUAACAUAAUACAGCAAGGACAGGUGUUGCAGUAUCUUCCGUAUCCGACUGGCUAUACUAGAGCAGCUGGCAAAUUCUGUUUUGAGUCUGAAGGCGGACACUCGGCAGCACGCGUUUUUCGGUCUGGAUCGUUGCUGAAGCGAGUCUUGGGUGCAACGAAAGGGUUGCAAAUUCAGCCGAGACUACAACACAGUGUCGCCGGUAGACAUGAAGAGGAAGAACAAGUG